ACUAUUCUGAUUUGACAUUAUUAUCAAAUAUUUCUAAGGAACAUAUUUCUAAGAAAUAGCUGACAAUAUUAUCAAAUUAAACAAAUAUAAAAUAAUAUAUUCGUAAGUCCCGCGAAAUUUAUUUACAAUUUAUUACUUAUUUACACAUUACCAAUAUGGCGCUUAAGCGUGGAAGACGUGCUUUUAUGGUAUACAUUGUCAUCUGAUUCUUAUUCAAUUCUAGAUUGAGAAAAACAUUCCUCAAAUUUGAUAAUUAUGACUUGAAUUUAAGGAAACAAGUGUUCAAUUAUUUUGCAAAGAAUGCAAAUGUAAUAUCUUCAAUUGAUAAGUGAUAGAAAAUAAUAAGAAAAAUGCCCAGUUUACGUAAGAAGGUAGCUGGCUUUAUGCGUCAAUUAUCCAUUAGUAAUUUGGCUGGUGCUGUUGAAAAUAUGAGUUUAGCAGAACAACCUCUUCGUAGUCCAAGAUCAGUAACACAAGAUUUUCCAAGCGAAUGUUUCAUUACACGUUAUCUCAAUGGAUUAGAAACAAAACAAGAAGGUCCACCUAUCUUGCAUGGAAGAAAUCCAGAGGAAUUGCCUGUUAAGCAACUUGGAAAUUACCAGGAUGAUAAAGAAGUAUUCGCUGCUUUAACAGGCCCCGAUAGUGGACUAACAGCAGUUAAUCUUCAAGAGAAACAUCUAAGUAUGAAUGACAUUGAUAUUGAUUAUAUUGACAUGCUGGAUCAAAGUGAUCAAUAUAGAACAGGUUCUAAUUCAUCUUCUGUUGUAAUUGCUGGAGCCCCUAAUUGGUUUCUUCCUCAUGAAAUGGCUUAUGGUAUUGCUACAACGUUAUAUGAAAAAAAUCCUAUAAACAAUGUUAACAAUGGUGAACCAAUAGCUGACUGUUUUGGCAUUUCUGCAAGACAAAAUUCAGCGAUAUUGGCCUUGGCCGAUGGUGUUAAUUGGGGUACAAAGGCAAGCAUUGCAGCAAGAUCUGCGGUGCAUGGAAGCAUGGAAUACUUGAAUAAAGCUCUUUUCUCACCUUCGAUAAAUAGCGCUAUAACUACGACAAAAGAUGUUUUUGUAGCCCUCCUACGUUCAUUCCAUGCAGCACAUUCGUUAAUACUUCAGGAACAAGGCAUGCUCACAACAUUGACCGUAUGUGCGGUUCUACCCUUAGAGAGCACAACCACUACUUCUGGUAUUCGCCAUAACAAAUAUGUGGCUUGUACGUGCAAUGUUGGCGAUAGUUUAGCAUAUGUAUAUUCAAGGAAAACUGGUGUUAGAGAAAUAACCCGUGGAUCUCACGAUAUUCAUUGCAUGCGCGAUAUGCGUGAUGCGUUAGGAGCUUUGGGACCAGUUGAUGGAUCUAAUCCAGAAUUAAAUAAUUUAACACUCGCCAUAACGGAAGUUGAACUUGGUGAUGUCGUAUUCUUAACCAGUGAUGGUAUAUCGGAUAAUUUUGAUCCAGUAGUUGGAAAAUUUGCAAUUUUACCAAAUCACAAUGUUGCUUCCGAUAUAACAAUAUCAGUGAAAAGUAACAAUGAUGUAAGAACAAAAACAAGAAGAAAAUCGGCUGAAAAUUUACGGCACGCAGAGUCUAGUAAUAGUAAUGGAAAUAGUAAUAGUUUACCUGUGGUAGAAGCAUAUCAAAGACACGAGCUUACGCUCUUGAGAAUGGAAGAUUUAUUACGAAGAGGAGUUUCCGGUGAAGGACCACCAUGUAAUAGCGCCAAACAUCUUUGCGAACUUCUCUUAGAUUUUGCAGUACGCAUUACAGCUGCCAAACGAAGAAUAUUAGAAGAUACGGAUUUGUAUUAUGCGCAACAUAAAGAUGGCCAAUUAAUGCAAUUGUCAAAGCAAGAACAACGAAGUAGACGAAAAAAGACUCUAGAUAAGAUAUCUAUGAUACCAGGAAAAUUAGAUCACGCUACGGUUGUAGCAUAUGUAGUUGGAUCAUACAAUCCAUCAGAAUGCAAUCUAUAAUCAUUUGGAAUAUUAGAAUAUUAUUGUUUAUUUCAUAAAAGAGAAAAGAGAGACAAAUUUUUAUAAAAUGUCAAAUAUU